GUAUGAACGGAAAUAUGAAUAACAGAACCGAGCAGCAUGUAGCGGUUGCAAUUGACAAGGAUAAAGGAAGCCAAUAUGGCCUCAAAUGGGCUAUCGAUCAUGUUCUUUCCCGCGGCCAAACUAUUACACUACUUCACGUCAAAAACCGUUCUUCCACAAUUAUAUUGAUUUCUUUGUUUCUCGAACGUGUAGUUACCCAAAGUGACAACCAACUAGCCAAGGAGCUCUUUCUGCCAUACCGAGCCUUUUGUACACGCAAGGAUAUCAAAUCAAAUGAGAUUAUAAUAGAAGAUAUAGACAUUGCAAAAGCUCUAUGUGAGUACGUGAAGCAAAACUUUAUUGGUAUGUUGGUUAUGGGCGCACCCUCCAAAAAUUCUUUUGUUAGAUUCAAGAGUGAUAUUCCGACCGUGGUUUCGAAGACGGCGCCAGAGUUCUGCACGGUGUACAUCAUCUCGAAAGCAAAGGUCGCGUCCGUCCGAUCAGCUACUGUUCCUGUUCCCAAUCCUCCCCCUCGUCCUUCUUCGUCCAGUCAGAACAUCAUGGUUCCCACUACCUCAGAUGCACAACAAAACUUUUUAAGCAAAAGUAUGAUCAUUCUCAUUUUAUUCUUCUUUCUUUCUUUUGGUUCUUCAAAAUCUUUUUUUGUUAUUACUUGCAUUUUCAGGCGCACCGGAGAGAAAUCACUUUGGUAUAAGUUAUCUGAUUUAGCUUCCAAUCAAGGCUUGUCAGACACUAGCAUGCCUUAUUCAGGCACACAGAACAUGGAAGAUGUUGAAGCUGAGAUGAGGCGUCUUAGGCAAGAGCUGAAACAGACUAUGGACAUGUACAGUACAGCCUGCAAAGAAGCACUCUCCGCAAAACAGAAGGCCAAGGAACUUCAUCGAUGGAAACUGGAAGAGGAACAAAGGCUAGAAGAGGCACGGUUAGCAGAGGAAGCUGCACUUGCACUUGCAGAGAAAGAGAGAGCAAAAACUAGAGCAGCCCUGGAAGCUGCAGAAGCAGCACAGAGGAUUGCUGAACUUGAAGCCCGGAAGAGAAUGGAAGCAGAAACAAAAGCCCUUAAAGAAUCAGAGGAAAAGAAGAAAGUGUUAGAUACAUUAGCCCAAAACGAUGUCAGGUACCGCAAAUACACAAUAGAGGAAAUUGAGGCUGCAACUGGUAAAUUCUCCGAUUCUCAGAAAGUAGGAGAAGGAGGUUAUGGACCCGUGUACAAGUGCUUCCUAGAUCAUACUCCUGUUGCUGUAAAAGUCCUUCGUCCUGAUGCAGCUCAAGGAAGAUCGCAGUUUCAGCAAGAGGUUGAAGUGUUGAGCUGCAUAAGGCAUCCAAACAUGGUUCUCCUCCUCGGUGCUUGCCCCGACUAUGGUUGCCUAGUCUACGAAUAUAUGGCAAACGGUAGUUUAGAAGAUCGGCUUCUCAGACACGACAAAACACCCCCACUUUCAUGGCAAAUGAGAUUCCGCAUAGCAGCUGAAAUAGCCACCGGACUUCUUUUCCUCCACCAAGCAAAACCAGAGCCACUUGUCCAUCGCGACCUGAAACCCGCAAACAUUCUCCUCGAUCGAAACUUCGUAAGCAAAAUAAGCGAUGUGGGUUUAGCUCGUUUGGUCCCACCGUCAGUUGCAGACAGCGUAACACAAUACCACAUGACAUCAACCGCCGGAACAUUCUGUUACAUAGACCCUGAAUACCAACAAACGGGGAUGCUUGGGACGAAAUCCGAUAUUUACUCACUUGGAAUUAUGCUUCUCCAGCUGAUAACCGCAAAACCUCCUAUGGGAUUGACCCAUCAUGUUGAGAGGUCUAUUGAAAGAGGCACUUUCGCUGAGAUGCUUGAUCAGUCUAUUAAUGAUUGGCCGGUAGAAGAAGCCUUGAGUUUUGCAAAAUUGUCUCUCAAGUGCGCAGAAUUGAGGAGGAGAGAUAGGCCUGAUUUGAAGACCGUUAUUUUGCCUGAAGUUAAUAGGUUGAGAGCUUUGGCUGAGGAGCAGGAGGAUUCGAUGUCUGGAUAUAAUAGGAUGACCACGAGGACGAUGAUGUCUGGUUGUGGGUCUGGUACUGGUCCGAUGAGUGCCUCGAGUAUGAAUCAACCUGGUUAUGAAACACGGAGUAGCUCACAGAUUCGAUCAAACCCUUCUUCGUAUGCUUCGGCUGGAGAUAAUCUUGUAUAG